UUACAUAUUAUAAGCCUGUGGUUUACAGUACCUACUGAAACAUUAUUUGGUCGUAGUGCAAGACGAUUUAAAAGCUUUGCUUCACGCUAGUAGCCUAGCAAGCUUACAUUAGCAUUAAGCUACACUGAAACAGUGCUUCACUUCCGAUCCCACCCAGUGAGAGCUAGCCAGCCAGCCAGCUAGCCAGCUAGCUAGCUAGCUAACCCAACCCAGCCAGCUAGGGUAAACGUUACAACGUUACCAACCGAGUGGUGGGUCAGUGCUAGCAAGGAUGACGAUGCCGCAUGUAGGGGCAGUAUUUGCAGCAAUAACAGGAGUGAUGGCCAUCAUGUUGCACUCCUCUAUUCACAAGAUAGAAGAAGGACACCUGGCUGUGUACUAUAGAGGUGGGGCAUUGCUGACUAGUCCCAAUGGUCCUGGAUAUCACAUUAUGCUGCCUUUCAUUACCACCUACAGAGCAGUGCAGACUACACUCCAAACAGAUGAGAUCAAGAAUGUGCCUUGUGGAACAAGUGGAGGUGUGAUGAUCUAUUUUGACAGGAUAGAAGUUGUGAACAUGCUCGUCCCCUCAGCAGUGGUGGACAUUGUGAGGAACUACACCGCUGAUUACGACAAAACUCUAAUUUUCAACAAAAUUCACCAUGAACUCAACCAGUUCUGCAGCGUGCACACGCUACAGGAGGUUUACAUUGAGUUGUUUGACAUCAUAGAUGAGAAUCUGAAGACGGCAUUACAGAAAGAUCUGAAUGUUAUGGCACCUGGACUUACAAUACAGGCAGUUCGUGUUACCAAACCAAAGAUCCCUGAGUCUAUCAGGAGGAACUUUGAACUUAUGGAAGCAGAAAAGACUCGUUUGCUAAUAACAGCUCAGACUCAGAAGGUGGUGGAAAAGGAAGCUGAGACUGAAAGGAAGAAAGCCAUUAUUGAGGCUCAGAAAGUGGCUCAGGUGGCAGAGAUCCAGUUCCAGCAGAAGGUGAUGGAGAAGGAGACAGAGAAGAAGAUCUCUGAAAUAGAGGAUGCUGCCUUCCUGGCCAGAGAGAAAGCUAAGGCUGAUGCAGAAUUUUACACUGCUGCCAAGUUUGCUGAAGCAAACAGGCUGAAGUUGACACCUGAAUACCUGGAGCUGAUGAAGUACCAGGCCAUAGCAGCUAACAGUAAGAUCUACUUUGGCCAGGACAUCCCGAACAUGUUUGUAGAGGGGGGCAACGGUCCACCUAAGUCUCCGCGCUCCCCUUCAUUACCGAAUGCUGAAUCAGACUUCUUUAAAGUGAAGCCUGAUGGGCAGUGAGUCCACAGCUCUGCCUCUGCACAGGACAGGAGAGCUUGAUGAGGAAUUGUCUUGUCACUGGGGCGUAGAGCGCUGAACUGAAGAUGGUGAUGAUGAUGGGUGGGGUAGCUUUUCAGCUAGUUUGGUGAACUGCACGCUUCAGUCUUAAAUCUAAAUGGCAAAAAAAGAGUGGGAGAGGGUUUAAGAUGGAAGAAAAGUGAAAGUGAGAUGGGAGAAUGUGACAGAUGAAAAGGAUUUUUUUUGUUUUGUUUUGUUUUGGGGGGUUUUCAGCCUUCCACAUUUUUAAAAAGACGAGCUUUAGAAAUGAGAUUGAUGCCAUAGUUAAAAAUCAAGCAUAAACAUGCUAAUGCCUGAGAAGGUGACGGCAACUAGUCGCCCUAAUUUACAUGUGCUUGCAAUCAGUGCGGUGUUUAACUUUUGCUUUUGGGGCUGCAUUCAUUUUUCUUUUUUCUGUUGUUAUCUUUUUUUGUUAUUGUUUUUUUGGAUGCAAGGUCAAUGAUUUGUGAUGAGCUAUUGAUUUUUGAGAAUUAUGUGGCUUGGCUGCACUGGAAUCUGACAGGUGACACUAAUUAAAAGCUGGGUGGACAAUGUA